AUGACGCGUUUUCUGCUCGUAGGGUUGCGUUCUCCGCCUGGAUUUGCGCAAGUCGUUCUUCGUUCUGCUUCAUCUGAGCUGUGUAGCGUAGGAUGGAUCCUAAGAGAUGAAGCAGGCAAUGGAAGAUGGUAUGGCGCUAAGACUUAUCCUUCCCUGAUAUCUAGUUUGGAGGCUGAAGCAGCAGCUCUUACUUGGGCAGUUGGGCGAUGUCCGUUGUUGACAACUUGGGUUUUCGAGAGGUACAAUUUGAAACAGACUCUCAGGUCCUGUUUCAGGCAGUUAAAGAUCCCACAUCAUGGCCACGGUUAUAUAGCUACACCCAUGACAUCCUAG